GUUGUGUUUGUGCCCCUAUAAAUUAGAUACACUGGAUCAGGUCUCUAAUCCAACUCGCACACAUUAGCAAUAACACCCGGAAUCAAUUAUUGCAUUCCCUGACCAAGUGAUAUGGGAAACGCAUUCGGCUGCAUUCAAGUUGACCAAUCAACUGUUGCAAUUGCAGAGAGGUUUGGUAAGUUUGAUGAUGUCCUCGAGCCAGGAUGCCACUGUUUGCCGUGGUGCCUCGGGAGCCAGCUGGCAGGCCAUCUCUCCCUUCGCCUGCAGCAAUUAGACGUUCGCUGCGAAACAAAAACAAAGGACAAUGUGUUUGUGAACGUUGUUGCAUCCAUUCAGUAUCGUGCCCUUGCAGACAAGGCUAGUGAUGCUUUUUACAAGCUGAGCAAUACAAGAAGCCAGAUUCAGGCUUAUGUCUUUGAUGUGAUAAGAGCAAGUGUUCCAAAAUUGAAUCUGGAUGAUGCCUUUGAGCAGAAAAAUGACAUUGCGAAGGCUGUCGAGGAUGAACUCGAAAAGGCUAUGUCUGCCUACGGGUACGAAAUUGUUCAGACACUGAUCGUCGAUAUUGAGCCUGAUGAGCAUGUGAAAAGAGCUAUGAAUGAAAUCAAUGCUGCCGCUAGACUGAGGGUGGCCGCCAAUGAGAAAGCCGAAGCUGAAAAAAUAUUGCAGAUAAAGAGAGCUGAAGGUGAAGCUGAGGCUAAGUACCUCUCGGGCUUGGGCAUAGCCCGCCAGCGCCAGGCCAUUGUGGACGGGCUUAGAGACAGCGUUUUAGGCUUUUCCGUAAAUGUCCCUGGGACCACUGCAAAGGAUGUAAUGGAUAUGGUCCUAGUCACCCAAUAUUUUGAUACAAUGAAGGAGAUUGGGUCGAGUUCCAAGUCAUCGGCUGUUUUCAUACCUCAUGGGCCUGGUGCUGUUCGUGAUGUGGCGGCCCAGAUACGUGAUGGGCUCUUGCAGGGUUCUCAAGUUGUGCCUUGAUGUUUAUAUGGGUUUGUGAAUAAUUGCUUAUCUGUUCUGUUGUGAAUUUCGUUCUUUUUGGUUUCGUAUGUGUUGAUAUAGUUUGAAGUGGGUUUAAGAUUUGGUAUGUUUUGGACCUUUGGGUACACUUGCUUUUGUGAAUCUCGUUUGUAAGUCGAUUAUGGUGUGAUUAUAUGAAUGUUGUGUCAGGCUUCUGAGCUGAUUUCAGUUUUUAUCUAUUUGUUUACUUUUCAUGGGCAUGCAGGAAAGAUAUUUCGACUAAACUUGACUUGUGAUAGCCGUAAAAGUUUUUGUUUGUUAACCGAUUUUUCUUGUAGAAAAAUUGUUACGAACGUAGGAUUGUAGUGUUUUACUGCAAGUUACUGAUCAGGUGAAA